AUGAGCGAGGCUCUCAUCUAUGGCACGCAGAACGGCUUCAUCGUGUGCUGCCUUCUGGAGAAUACGGGAAGCUCGAGAGUGCGAUUCCACGAGAUCUGGAAUCGCCAGAUGAGCGCCCCUGCUGAGGUGACUGGCCUUGCAUUUGAUCCAGCUACAAAUCGUCUGGCAGCUUGCCAUCGUGGAGGGGUCCUCCAGAUGUUCACGCUGAGCGCGAGGAUGAUCGAGACUGAAAUGAUCUCCCUCACCAUCAGCGAUUGCGUCCCCGGAGUUGUUCUGUUCGGGGCGAUGCACAGCAACGAGCGUGAGCUGCUUGUUUUCGGACUAUACUGUGGGCUUGUGUACAACAUGCGCGGAACCAGUAUCUGCAGUGCGGAUGCUGCACGGAGCUUGGGUUCUGAUGCCGCAGUGGACCUGCCCAGCGGCACUCUCUGUGUCAGUGAUCCCCAGGCUGGUGUCCAUCUCUAUCGCCUCGCUGGAGGCGAGCUGGUGAAGAGCUUUGGAGUGCCGGUGAAAAAGACCCAGCGCAUCCACCAAAUAGCGCUGUUUGACUCGAACCGUGCCAUCGUCAGCGGCAGCGACCAUGGGACCGUCUAUGUGUACGCACGCCGGGACAAGGGACUGAAUAAGCUCCAAGUCGAUCCUAAUGAGUGGGUCCAGACCGUGACAGCUGCGGAUGUUGUGGGUGUCCCGACCAUCUUCGCGGCGAAAUCAAGUGCAAUUAGCGGGAAGAAUGAGAUCUUCGUCUACCGCAAGACGUUAAUUACACCUGACUUCCGUGUGAGACUAAUGAGAGGGCUGAAGUCUUUGGUCUGGCUUGUUGUCCUCCUCGCUGCGUUAGCAUAUGGGUUCGAGAAGGUGCUUGGGGACUGGAGCUUCGCAAGACAGAGCAGUGUAAAGAUCCCAUAUGGCAACUAUUUCGACUACAUCGAGUAG